UUUCCUCUCUUGUAGUCGUCAAGCUGCGGUUCCCACAUCUCGCCAAUUCGCCCGCCAUGGACUUCUCCGAUAUCUUUCGCAUGGUGAACUUCGCCGUCGCUGUGUUCAUGGUCCUUGGCGGUGUUGCAAAGUUAUUGCCGUUCAAUGAUUUCUCGCAUAUCAUUCUCGGUGUUUACUUGAUAAUAUUCGGCCUUGGCACCGCUUUGCUCGAGUUUCAGAUUCCUCAGCAGGUUGCUCGCUAUGCUUCCUUUAUGUUUUCGUUCCUUGGACGUGGUGUUUUUUACAUCUUCAUCGGUUCCGUCAUUGUCGGCGAGAAGUGGUUCCGCAUUGUGCCAGGAACCCUUGUUGGCAUUGUCGGCAUUGGAUACGCUGCUCUCGAGUUUGUACCCUCAAUUGAGCCUCCGGCGAACAUGCGCGAUGCCGAUGCUGGAUGGGGUGCGGAGCAAGUCUAAGCUUCCAAUCUAGCAAUGGAGGAUGGCGGUUGUUGAACCCUUCAUAUCUAUUAUACCAUCAUACGUUUCGGCCUUUGAUAGUGGCAGUUGGUAAAGGCCAGGAGGUAGACAGUGGAGACGCAUGCUGAUGUUAUGGUCUGCCCGUGCAGAAGUUACACUACGGUCUUUGUUUCAAGAGUGCACACGUUGAGUGCAUUUGGGAUGUCUUGGAUAGCGAUUCAUAGCGAUUGCUGUGAAAAGCAUGUACGAAAGCUUUGUAUGAUUUCGUCUUUACCUAGAGAAUAUCAAUGCUCCAGGUACCUG